UAGUAGUAGGUUUUUGCAAUCGAGUGAUAUAAAAGCCACUGUCAAGGUGGCACUUGACAGUUUAGAGUCAUGGCUGGCAAUUGGGAGUUGUGUCUGAUUCUUGUAGGAUUCAUUUACUCCACCAGUCCAUUGGUCUACGAAUUGAUUCGACCCACUUGGGAUGAGGGUUGUGUUGGCUUCGAGAAGAAUCUUAAAGUUGGCGAAUUUGAGAAGGAUCCAUCGGUCUGCGGCAUUUUGCUGUGCAUGGAUAUCGAAGGCAGAGGUUUCAUCUAUUUCUGUCAGCAGCCUGCUGCUUUUCAGCAAUGCGAUAAUGAUACCGUGUCCUUAAUUGCCAAUUAUCCUGAUUGUUGCUGGCAGUGCACUGAAGCGGUUGAGUGUGAGGAAGAGGAUGAAGAUGAAGAUGUCGCAACAGAGGUCGCAACAGAGGCGGCAACAGAGGCCGCAACAUAUUAAGCUAAGUUCAAAUGGUAUUCUUUAUAAGUAUAGAUG